ACAAGUAAACAAGCAUGCAUGACUGAACUUGAAUGUAACUGUCAUUUCAUUCUUUUAACUAACGUGAUCUCCAUCAUCUUAUUUUUUUUCACAGUAAGGUAAUACAAUGAUUUUAUAAAUUGGUGAAGAAAAUUAAGUAAAAGAUAUUAUAGGGAAACGCAUGUUAAAUAUCACAAAGCAGGAAUGAAUAUCUAAAGAAAGUACAGUAACAAUAUUGACCAUUAGUUGAGUUUUACCAGCAAUGUCAUACCGUAUCAGAAGUGGAAUCCUUGAUGAUAUUUGUCUACCAGUAACUGUUACAUAUGAAACAGAGUCCUUUCAAAUAAAUAAAGCAUGGAUAGGAGGCGCUUUUGCUUUGGGACUUGCUUUUGGAAUUUUAGUGACAGUCUUCUGUGUUCCAGUCUGCAUCAGAGAUUAUUUUAAGAAAAGGCAACAAGACCAAGAAGAAAUAGAAGACAGCAAAAGGAAGGAAAGAAGUAGAGGAGAGACAGUAAAAAUUAUAGAUGACUAUGAUGAUGAUGAUACUGUUACGAUUGUAGCUGAUAAAAAAGGUCGAAAGAAGAGUGCAGGGAAGAGAAAAGGAAAAGGUCUGAUGGGAAAACUAGGGUUAGAUGAUGAGUAUCAGCAUGAAAAGAAAGGAAAAGAAGUGAAAAUUGACAAAUCUUUUCAGACUGGUAUGGGUGGUAUUCUUGUCAAGUUUACAAGUGAAGAGGCAGAAUCAGAAAUAGCUAAACAAGACUUAGACAGAGUUGAUCACUUGUCUAAUGAUCUUGGCAAAGAAAAAGAAUCUAUGUUCCUAGCCAUGUUAAGAAUGAAGCUGAAGAAAGCCAAAAUAGAUGACCCACUUCUGUCUCGUCUUGUCAACUUUGUCAUGGAAGAUAUUCAAAACAAAAAGAAAAUGAUUGAAGAUGAUAAAUUAGAAACUGAAGCAGAACUUAGAGUUGUUCACAGUAAAGAUCAACAAACUCUUGACAAUGAAUUAGAAAAAAUAGACAUGGCUUCUCAGCAAAAGCAGAAUAAAGUUUUAGAUGAAGAAAGAGAGAAGAUAAAACAAGACUUGAGAAGACAUACAAAGUUGUCAGAAGCUGAGAUAGAGGCAGUAAUAGAAGGUUUACUUAAAGAUAUGGGAAAACUAGAGAAAAAACUAAAUGAUGAGAGACUGAGACAACAAAGGGCUUUAGAAGAAAGAUUGGCAAAGAGAAAACAGAUCAUAGAUUUCAGAAAUAUCCAAGACAAACAAGCACAGGAGUUAGGCAAUAAUAGUGCUGAUAGUUAUGAGGAAGAAAUGAAAAAUCUUGUCCAAGAUGGAAACUUAACAGAGAAACAGAAAAAAGAAAUACUUAAUGAAUAUAUGAUGGAUCUUAAACGGCUAAAUAGACAACAUGAAAAAGAUUCACAAAGACAACAGUUAGAUUUGGCAAAUAAAUUAGAACAGAGAAGAUUGAGAAGAAUUCAUCAGCUGAAUGAGAAACAUGAACAAGAAAAAUCUUUGCUCUUACAUAAAGCUGACAAAUCCACAGACACUGGUAAUUUUAUAGAGAGUUAUCAUGAGUUGCUACAAGAACAAAGAACAGAACUAGAAUCAACAGAAGCAGAACUUGAUCAGACAGAAUUACAACAACUUGAUCAGAUUAGACAGAGAAUAAAUCGGGAUAAAGUGCAAUCAAUAGAAGAGCGAGGAGAAAGAAUGAACAAAGCUAUUGGUUCUGUAUCAUCAGCUGAUCCUGCAGACGUCAACAGAAUGAUCAAAGCACAUAAACAAAGAAUGCUAAAUCUUGAAGAUGCUAGACUACAAGAACAAAACAGAAUGAAAGCUAUGCUUCAAGCAAGAUGGGAGCAAAAAAUGAUGCAACUUGAGGAUGAUGAACAGAAAUCUCACCAAGAACAAGAAACACUUGCUGAACAACAACUUACAACAGUUAAUAGGGUAUUAAAUAACAGUCUGGAAUUAAAUGAGGAUGCAAAGAAGAAAAUUAUGAAGGAACAUGAACAUAACAUGCAAGUCUUGAACAACCAGUUACAGAUGUCAAAAUUAAGACAAGAAAAAAGUAUGGAUGCUAAACUGGCAAAAAGAAGAACAAAAAUUGCUGAAAUCAGACAAAAACGUGAAGAUGAACUCUUGAGCAAAUCAAAAAUGAAUAAAGAUGAAUUUGACCGACUUACAAAACAACUGGAAGAUGAACUUGCAUCUGAAGAGGAAAAAAUAGAAAUGGAAAGACAACAAGCAUUGAUAGAUUUUAAAAGAAAAAUGGCUUCUGAAACAGAGGCCCUUUUAAUGGAGCAGGAGAAGGAAUUAGGUGUUCUGAUUGGUAGAUUAGAGAUUGGAGCAGCCAGAAGACAAGCUUUAUUGACAAAACAAGACACACAGCUACAGAGCUUACAGGACCAACUUGAGAAGAAGUUAACUGAUGGUACAGUGAAGACUUCAGCUGUUGAUCAGAUCUUACAACAACACAAAAAUCAAAUGGAAUAUGUCCACGACCAGAUAGAGAAUAAACGUGAACAUCAAACACAAGUUAUACAAGAUAAAAUCCAGAGUAAAAAAUUAAUGAAGGAACAAGAACUUCAAGAAGAAAAACAUGAAGAAAGAGAGAUAGUAAAAUCAGCUUCUAUAAAAAGACGCGGUGCGGGACAAGCUGCAUCAGUCUUAAAAUUAAGUUAUCUAGAACAACAACACAAGAGACACAGAGAAGAGCUAGACUUAGAAAUGAAGGCUGAGCUAGAGAAAAGCAAGGAAGCAUUGAAUAGAGAAUUAGAAGUUACAUUGGAUACUGAAUUGAAGCAACAAAAGAAACAGUUUUUGGCCCAGUUAGCUACAGCCUCAGACAUGUCUAAAAGAGAAUUAGAGGAUGCAGUAGAUACGGCUAUCAGAGAUACUGGUGGCAAUGAGAAGGCUGCAAAGAAACUAGGCAAAGAAUUACGUCAGGGAUUGCAACGGGCCAAAACAGACUUAACUUUAGAUGAAGAUGGUGAAAUAGACUUCAUAAGAGGAAGACCUAGUUCUGGUUAUCAAGGAGACACCAUUAGACCAAUGUCAGGUUCAGUUACAAAACAAAAAGGAAAGAAAAAAGGGAAAAAGUCCCAGACAUCUGUAUAUCCUAGUGAACCUAAGGAAAGUUGGAUGCAUCAAGACUAUUAUGAUAGUGAUGAAUUACUUUGAUAAACAUUCCUCAUAACUUUUUAAUUUGUAGUAUCAUUCCAUAUUUACAAGUAUAAUAAAAUAUUCUUUCAUUAUAAGAUGACCAGUCAAGUGAUAAAAGUAGAAAGAUUUCAUGAAAAGCUCAUUAUUGGAGAUUCAUAUUUUUUUACUAUUUAAGAAACACAACUGUAUAAAUCUGACAUUAAGCAUGAAUUAUCUUUUAUGCUGCAUAUUCUUUUAUAUUUGACAUUUACCCAAUAUCUUAUUUUAUUCAUAUUUACCAAAAAGUCUCAUAUUCAAAUUAAAAAUGUAAUGCCAAAAUUAGGUUCUUUUACACAUACCUGUAUUUAGAAAUUAUGAAAUUGCUGUUUUUUAUUAUAAACUAUAGAGAGACACAUUACAAGUCCCUCGUCCUCAUCUGGUGUUGAUCAAAUCUUCAUGCAUAAGCUGUUGACCUGACUAUUUAAGAAGAAUGUCUCACCUAAAUAUGUUUAUAUUCCUUUUAUAUCAAAAAUAUGAAUAUUUAUUUCCUAUGAAAAUAUUCUUUGCAUGACUAAGUGUUUGCCAUUGUCAUGUUUACAUGUAGGUAAUGAAAAAAAGAACAUUUUUGAUAGAUUAUUAUUUUGUUUUUUUUUACUCUGAUCAUUUCAUAAUUGUCAUCAUUUUAUUGGCUAGAGAAUAUUUUUAAUGUUAAUCUGUAUCAGUGAUCUAUUAAUGAUUAGGACAGUUCUGUAGAAAAAGAAAUUCUCAGUCUUUAGAUGGUGUAUGUGUAACUGGACUUUAAACUAAAACUUGUAAGAAUGUGAAUGCAUAAUCUUUACUUAAGUUAUACAUUGUACUUAAUUAUGUUACAUUGAAAUGUAGUAGUAGAAUGACAUUAGUAUAGGCAUAGAGACAUAAUACUCAUUUUAAGAAGAAUAUGAAUUUACUUUUCAGUUUUUUUAAUACAAUUCUGCCUAAUUUGCUAGACAACAUCACACUGUAAUAGAUAAAUGUGAACUAAUCUAGACAAGUACUACCAAGAACAUACAAGAUAAAUCAGGCUGUUGGUUUUUCUGUUUGAAUUGUUACACAUUGUGUCAUGUUGGGGCCUUUUUUAACUUAUUAUCUGGUACAGCUUUUGCUCAUUGUUGAAGGCAGUACAGUAACCUAUAAUUGUUUACACCCACAUCAUUUGGCUUGUUAUUUAUAGUUGUCUCAUUAGUAAUUGUACCACAUCUUAUUAUUUUUAUAUAGACUUGUUUCAGAAAAGGGAGAUAAGCUAGUAAAUAGUAAACUUUGGUUUUUAAUGUCCUAGUUAGCUUUACAAUUAUACUUUAAUGAUUUUUUAAUUCAUAGAGUAUGGAUAUUAUGAAAAUAGAAAAAAAUACGUAUUUUAUCUGUAUUACUGUCACAUCUUUUACUAGUAUUGACUGGUUUUUAUAAAGAGUUGUACUCAAAUUUAUUUUACUUUUCAGUUAUCUCCCCUUCAGCAAUUUUGACACUCACUAGAUAGGAGCAAAGUAUUCUUUGGCAUACAUUAUUGAAUAAUUUAAUUAAAACAACAUGCUCUUGACCAUGGACAUUUUUAAGAUGCCAAUUUUAUUUCAUUAGCAAGUUAAUUCCUUCUUUACAUAUGUUUACAUUUAUAGGAUAAAACAGAAAAAUGAAAUGAUUAAUCUUAAAUUAGUCCCUUUUUUAUGGUUUUUACAAAACAAACAGAAUGCUAUAUGUUCUUUUUUAUUAUCAGUUUAUAAAUCAUAAAUGCUUGUUCAAAGACCUAUAAAUUCAUAUUUAAGGUGGAGAAGAAACAUUGUGACUCAAUAUCUCAUUAGCUCUAGUGAUUAUUUUUAAUUUCUGUGAAAUUCAGUUAUACAAAAAGUCAAAUGAGAUUAAUAUUUAUUGACAUCUUGUUAUAUAUGUUACUUUUUAUUGUUGACAAACUACAACCAACCUCUGUUUGUAAAUAUUGAUAAGUAUAUUGUAUUCUGCUGUUUUAUAUAAGUUGCAUGGCAUUAGGUUUUUUUCAGACCAAAUAUAAUUUGCUGGUAAUUGGCAAGGUCAACCAUUGCAAUACUUCUUGUUUUUUUUUCUAAGAAAAAAAAUCUUCUUAUUGCCCAGGAAUAUUUUUUUACUUUGCAUCGUUUUUAUACUAGCAUAAAUAAGCCUAUAGAUAAAUAAAACAGGUUUAUCUCUAGUGAUUUGAAGUAAAGAAAUAGCAAGCUUGAGAGAAAACGAAAAAAUGAAAAUACAAGAAAUGCAUGUGAAGGAAUUACAUUCAUAUAUAUAUUUUUUAACACUACUGAUCAAAAUAUCAUCAAGCUAUAUCCAUUAUGUACUAUGAUGGCAUUAAGAAACCAACAAUCAAUCAAAUUAUUAUCAUUUAUUGUAGUAGAUUCUGUAUAUAUAUAUAUAUAUAUAUAUGUGUUCAAUUAUGUUAAAGUGAAUAAAACCAAAAUGAGGGAAACAUUUGGCAAGCCAAUGAUGGAUAGACAUAAAAAUAUCAAACUCUGUCCCAACAUCAGGUUUCCCUUAAGGGAAAUUGGAAAAUUAGUUUUUGUAAAAAUUACAAAAUUAUCAACAUUGAAUUUGUUAUAAAUUAUAACACUGAAAGAAAAUAGACAAAUUCUGUUUCUGUUUCUGUUCAAAGUUGAAACUAGUCUAUAUAUACUACAAAGUACAACAGUGUUGCAGAAAUUCUUCAUUUACAUUUCAAAGACAAGGUAUUCUAAGGAUGGCACCCUCUUUAUAAAAAAAUUACAGAAGUUGGCAAAUUUGUACACAAUGGGCAAAAUGCUGAACAUAGUGGAAAAUUGGGUUUAGGACUAGGUACAGUUUCAUUUGUUAGUAAAAUGCUCAAAAUGUGGUAAAAAGACAUGAUUUUGAUAUCAGCAUUUGAACUUUUUUGUUGUAUUAUUUAUAUCAUUUGACAAACAAAACCAGUUAUUUUUUUUAAAACAUACCACUCUUGAAUUCACAUAAACUUCUUACAUUAUCUAAUGUCUUUGUUUUGGACAGUAAUUGAAAUUCCCGAUAAUUGUAUAAAAUAAAAAGAUUUUCUUCAUUUUCUGGAAAAUGCCAGUUUUUUAAGGUUACAGUAAAUGUAAGGUACAAGAGAUCAGGAUAAUAAUGAACAUUCACAGUUUUAAACAUUUACUUUUCAAUACACCAUAUUACCUCAGAACAAAAGAGUUUUAAUAUUUUAGGAUACCAGGGACAUUUCUUAUCAUACCUUGUCAUUUGCUAUUACAUCUUAUGUCCAUCCAAUUGUUUCUAUUGUCUGUGAUAUGUACAGGACUAUUCUUUUAUUUAUUUUGUUUACUACUGUUACUUAUCAUUGUAUUAAUAAAUAAAGUCUAUACACUAGCUA